AUGGCCUCCAGCCAGCCGGAUGGCCUGUCGGAUGGCCAUGACCAAGAGACCACUACCCAAGUCAUCAUCAUCGGCGGAGGACUGAGUGGCCUCCAAGCUGCUCAGGAUCUGCAAGAAUCGGGCGUGUCUUGCCUGAUCCUGGAAGCUCGUGAUAGAGUUGGCGGCAAACUGUGGUCGGUCCCCUUGGGUAAAGGAUAUGUCGAUCUUGGCGGCGCUUGGACGAACAACGAGAACCAGCCCAAGGUUACGGCGCUCGCUGAAAAGCUCGGGCUACAAAUGAUCAGGCAGAAUAUUUCAGGCGACUGUAUUCUUGAAGACUAUGGAAGAUUUCCCUACGGCAGCGAUCCGCCGUUGUCUAGAGAAGACAAAAUAACCCUCGCGGAAGUUAGGGCCCGCGUAGAAGCUCUUUGCCACACAGUCACCAUCGCCGACUUUGACCAGGUUCUGGCCGAGUAUGGCCACAUGAGCAUGGACGAGCUCAUCAUCUGCAUGGGCGCCACCGAUACUGUGCGCCAAAUUGUCAACAUCUGGACUACGGCCAUGUUGGGCGUUGAGUCGACCCAGAUCAGCUCAAUAUUCUUCUUGCACUACUGCCAGGCUGGAGGGGGGCUUCUUCAGAUGCGCUCCGACGACGCAGGGGGUGGCCAGCAUCUACGUUUCCGGAAUGGAUCACAGUCACUGUCUAACGGGCUGAGAGAUGGUCUUGAACCAAACACCGUCAUAUACUCUGCGGUUGUGGAACGAAUUGAGCAAGAUUUGCGCAGCGGAUGUCGAGUUACAACACGAGGCGGCAGGAAAUUUCGCUGCGAGCGCGUUAUUUGCACGGUUCCAAGUCCUUUAUUGAAGCAGAUUACCUUUUCACCCUCGCUAUCGGCAGACAAGAUCUGGCUCAGCACUCACAGCAAGCUCGGAUUUUACGCCAAAGUGUUCCUCAUCUACACGGAACCUUGGUGGCGCAAGCUCGGUCUCUGUGGUCUGUCACAGGGAUUUCAUGGACCCGUAUCCCUGACGAGAGAUGCUUCAAAUGACCAAGAUGGGCUGUAUGCUUUGAUCUGCUUCGUAGUAGGUCAAAGGGGAAGAGAGUGGGCGCUGAAAGAAGAGCCCGACCGCUUGGCAGAGGUGAUUGCUCAUGUGGAUCGCAUUUACGGGGUGAAAAUUCCGCGUCCUGUCGAGACCCGAGAGCAGAUAUGGAAUCAAGAGGAAUUCUCCCGGGGCGCUCCUUGUCCUGUGGUUCCCGCUUAUUGUUUGAGGAGCUUGAGUCAAGACCAAUGGAGGCCAGAAGGAUUUAUCCAUUUUGCAGGGACAGAGACCAGUACUGUUUGGAAGGGGUAUAUGGAGGGAGCUCUAACUUCGGGUAGCAGAGCAGCAAAGGAAGUUUUUGAUAUCCUGUCUACAAGUUAG